UGGCGAAGGUCAAGUCAAAACAAUAAUUAAAAACAAAACACGUCCUAUGAAGGAGUCAAAAUUUUCAGAGUACGAUUACCAAAAGAGGUUUCGGAAACAGACUUCAGCAGAAGAUAUGUCUUUCAGGAAAAAAUUGCUGUCCUUCACGCCGGAAAACUCAACUCCGGUCAAACAGCUGGACAGGCGGGGAAGCAGCAGCCACAGUGAGGACGAGGUCAGCCAUCAAAGUUCUGAAGUGCACGUCGAGUUCUUCACCAACGAGAAGUCCCUGAAAGAAAGACUGCAGCUGUACUUUGUCAAGAAUCAAAGAUCGAGUUUACGUAUCCGUAUUUUCAACCUGGUCAUCAAGUUGUUGACGUGUGUGCUGUAUGUUGUGCGAGUUUAUAUGGACGAGUCAUAUGUGGGAGACAAUGAUAUGUAUAACGGCACCACAGCUAAACACAGACGGAAAGACUCGGCUGAUUUUCAUGAGGACCCACAGGUCAACUGGGAGGCCAUCAUCUGGGUGGAGCACCACCAGGGCGUGUGGAUCUGUCAGGUGACUGUUGCUAUUAUUAGCCUGACGGAAACCAUGCUGGUCCAGUACCUGAGCUAUAAGGGUAACAUCCUGCAGCAAGUUCUGUCUCUAGAGCUUCUCACAGAGAUCAUCACAACAGUGCCAUUUAUUUUUACUAUCAUCCAACCACUUCGUCAUUUAUUUAUUCCCGUGUUUCUCAACUGUUGGCUCGCCAAGAACGCCAUGCAAAAUAUGUUUAACGAUCUUCACCGUGUUAUGCAACGAUCCCAGUCGGCCUUGGCCCAACAACUUUUGGUACUUGGUGCUACCUUGAUGUGUCUGGUAUUUAUAGGGGCUUGCGGCGUCCAUCAUCUUCAAAGGGGAGGUAACCACCACUUUGGUGCGUUUGAGUCCCUUUGGUUCGUCGUGGUAACUUUCUCUACCGUUGGUUUCGGUGAUGUCUACCCGGAUAUUUGGCCCAGCCAACUUUUUAUGUUGCUCAUGAUUUGCUUCGCUCUCAUUAUACUCCCCACACAGAUCGAACAGCUGGCGUUGAUAUGGCUGGAGAGGCAGAAGAUGGGGGGCUCCUACAGCAGCCACCGCGCGCAGACGGAGAAGCACGUUGUCGUCUGCAUGACCAUGCUGCAGGCAGACUCGGUCAUGGACUUUCUCAACGAGUUCUACGCUCACGCCAAACUGCAGGACUAUUUCGUGGUGAUGCUCUCCCCUUGUGAAUUAGACACUACAAUGAAGAUGUUGCUCCAAGUUCCGCUGUGGGCACAGCGGGUUAUCUAUGUUCAAGGUUCGGCCCUCAAAGACACGGACUUGACCAGGUGUAGAAUGCAGGAUGCAGAGGCUUGCUUUAUACUUUCUGCGAGAAACCAUAGGAACAACGCUGCCAAGGACGCCACUGAUCAACACACCAUUAUGAGAGCCUGGGCUGUCCGAGACUUUGCACCAAAGUGUCCACUCUAUGUCCAGCUCUUCAGACCAGAGAACAAGUUUCAUGUCAAGUUUGCUGAUCAUGUUGUGUGUGAGGAUGAGUUCAAGUAUGCCUUGCUGGCCAAUAAUUGCCUGUGUCCAGGGAUCUCUACAUUUGUAACACUUCUGCUACACACAUCCAGAGGCCUUGAAGGUCAAACAUCUCAUGAGGAAUGGCAAAAGUUGUAUGGAAAAUGCUCAGGGAAUGAAAUUUACCACAUACGACUUAAAGACAGUAAUUUUUUUGGUGAUUACGAAGGGAAAAGUUUUACGUAUGCAUCUUUUCAUGCUCAUCGCAAAUAUGGUGUCAGUCUAGUAGGAGUUCAGAGAGACAUUCCAGGUAGUACAAUACAGCUGAACCCCGGGCCCAGGCAUAUCAUGCGCAAGGACGACAUUUGCUUCUAUAUGAACAUCACCAAGGAGGAAAACUCAGCUUUCAUUCUGGCCCACCCAAACCAUAUGGGGACAAGUGACAGGGCCAAACUGCCACAGGGGACGGAGAAAGCUUCAAGGGUGGCUAGUAUGAUAGCUAGUGUUGGGACAGUUGCCUUAGAGCUUCAACACACCCGAGUUGGUAAUUUCAACUCUGAACCCAAUCUUGUGUCCAGAACUGGCAGCAAACCAAGAAAUCUUAGUCUACCUAAAGGUCUCAACAUUCAGAGCUUACAGAAGAGACCAAGUAUAGCACCAGUGCCUGCCACUCUUGAAACCAACAGCAUUCACAUCAAUGUGAUGGCAUCGGAUUCAGAUGAUGAAGAAGAAGAGGAAAUGAAUAUAGAUGGAGAUGACUUUCCUGAGUAUGUCCGAGGCUUUCCUCCAGUGACCCCGUAUGUAGGGACAAGUCCGACACUGUGUCACCUCAUGAAAGAGAAACGUCCACUGUGUUGCCUUCAAGUAGCUACUCAAUGCAGUCACUGCCAUCACAAAAAUGCCAGAGAGUACAACUGGCCCAACCCUGCCAUUAUUGUUGCUGCAGAUUACGCCAGUUCUGGCCUCUACAACUUCAUAGUGCCUUUACGGUCCCAUGCUCGCCCUAAGAAAUCCAUCAACCCCAUUGUUCUGCUCUUCUCCAGAGUGCCUGACUCCAGCUUCCUGGCCAUGAUUAGUUAUUUCCCUUUGGUUUACUGGAUGUUGGGAUCCAUUGACUGCAUUGAAGAUUUACUCAAAGCAGGCAUAAAUCUAACUGAAAAUGUUGUGGUUGUGAAUAAGGAAACAUCCAACUCUAGAGAAGAGGACACCUUGGCAGACUGUAAUACCAUAGUAUCUGUACAGACAAUCUUCAGGCUAUUUCCAAAAGCUAACAUCAUCACAGAAAUUUCUCAUGCACCAAACAUGAGAUUUAUGCAGUUUAGACCAGAUGAUCUGUAUGCUUUAUCUAUAUCAAAGCAGGAAAAGAAAGAAAGAGAACGAGGCUCCAAUAUCUAUUACAUGUUUAGACUUCCAUUUGCAGCAGGCAAUGUGUUCAGUGCGAGCAUGUUGGAUGCGCUUUUGUAUCAGGCAUUUGUUAAAGACUAUUUAAUAACAUUUGUCAGGCUGUUGUUGGGUAUAGACAUGGCAGUUGGAUCAGGUCACCUGUCAUCUGUAACAAUUGGAAAAGAUGACCUUUGGAUAAGGACUUAUGGCAGAUUGUAUCAGAAGCUGUGUUCAACAGCCUGUGAGAUACCUAUCGGGAUCUAUCGCACCCAGUAUCACUCUGGUGCAGCCGAAGCCAGUACUGUCCAGAAAUAUGCAUCAAUUAAGACAAUAUUGAGAAGAGGAAGAAUGAGAACAACAGCUUCAAAACAUGGAUUGGAAAAUGUUUCAUUGGCUCCACAAGAGGAAGAGUCAGCCAUGACAGGACAUUUGACUCCAGAGAGACAUGAAAUCAUCCAGAUGGUCAAGUGUCGGAUGCAGACGGAGGGACUUCCACUAGAAGAUUAUUAUGAAGUAAGUGAUACAAGGACAACCAUUUCUUAUGUACUCAUUAACCCCAGCUAUGAUCUUAAGCUGGAACUUGGAGAUAUUGUGUACGUCAUACGUCCUAGCUCACUAUCCCCUCAACCAUCACCAUUGACUGAUGAAAGGAAGCUGUUAGGACACAGCUACAGACACGUACCAACUUCAUCUGUUGAUGCUGGCUUAUCAGACGUGCAGUCCCAUGACAAUGAGCAGGAGGAGAGUAACGACCAUCUGAUCACAAAAACUUCCCAAGAUUCCACGGUCUCUGCCCCAGCCAAUAUUCCGGUGAUUUAUUACGAACACUUGGAGAACCCAAAAGACAUGUCUGUGAGUCUUCCAGCGGACCUUCAGUCCCAUUACAUGUCCCAGCAGGGGAGUCAGGACCCACCCAACCAUUUCUCGCAUCGUUCAAGGGACGAAAUCUCCACCCCAGACAGUGAUGGCAACAUCAAGUCUAUUUAUAGCUCAGACGGCCCUGCUUUGUUUAGCCAUGAUACUUUGAAUGGGACAAUUCUGUGACUGCUCAGGUUUUAAUUGCUUUUUGUAUGUGCAGGUUUAUCUUAUUACGUGGAACUGCUGCAGCAGGUUUAACUCUUAUGUGUAUAUAUUUUUGAAGUUUUAACUCACUUAUUAUGUGCAAAAACCUAUUUAGGUUUUCUCACUUUUGUGUACAGUUGUAUCUUACUUGUAAUGUGCAACACCUGCUGUUUAAUUGUUUCAUGUGUUCACACUUUGAAUUUUUAACUUUCCAGCUCUGUAAAUUAAUGAUUUUUUUGGACAGUCUAGUCACAUGUGAUUUUUACACAUUUUUUUUGUUGAUUUUUUGUUUUUGUUUAUACAAAUGUUAAUAAUUUGAUCAAAAUACUCAGCCUAACUGGCAGUAUCGCAAAGCUGGUUAGGUAAAUGAGGAUAAGUGUUUUAAAUGAUUGGUUGCAAUGCACUUUCAUAAGCAGCUGUGUCAAUGUUUUAUUUAUGUAUAUUUAUAUAAUUUGUGUUUGCAUAAACAAUGUCUGAUAUUACAAUAAGUAAGCAAAUACAUCAAAGAUUGUACCCCAUGUUUAAGGACUGAUUUAUGAGUAGCCUGUGUAUUUUGAAAGUCUAUUCCUGGAAAAUAAAAAAUAUAAAAACUUAGUUUAUAAAUUUAUCAAACUAUUUUAUAAGUAUUCAAUUUUUUAAACAUUUAGCAAGAGUUCCAUAACAGAAAAGCAUAUUUUUAAAAACUUUAUUAAACUUUAAAAUUUGCUUAAGACAUUUAUAUUUUAGAAAUGAAUUAUAAUUCAAAAUUGUAAGUUUUCAAUCAACUUAAUAAUAAAAUAGUACUUACAUAUAACAAUUUUUUUUAAAUCUUGAGUAACACUUAGUGGGUAAAAUUCAGCUUAUAAAUAUUGUCUGUGACAACUGCUGAAGUUUAAUUUAUCUGUGAUGUUUGCCCACAAGGUUGCAGCCUAUUCCAUGGAUCUGAACACUGUUUUAUAAAUAAUUGUGAAGUACACUUGCAUCAGCUACAACUUAUUUUUUGCACUAUUUUAUUGAAUUAAUGUUAAAUCAUUAGUCUUAUUUUAUUUGGCUUGUUGUAACUGUUUUCUUAAUCAUUUAUAACAAUGCAUAAUACUAGGGCAAUGAAAAUACAGGGAAGGGGAAAUAAUUCAUUUUUACUGUAAGUAUUGUUUAUAACUAUUUACAUUUAAAUAUUAAUCCAAAUCAGGUGAUAAUUGGAAAGGGUGAAAAUUUCAAUAAAAUUAAUUCUACAAAUGAAAUUUUAUUU